AUGAUCAUCUGUAAAUUUUGCCGGACUACAAUCCUAGAGUCUGGGAAACAGUGGGACUAUCACCACCAAGACUCCGACUCAUUCAAGAGCUCACUGCGAUCUCAAUGCGUCUUUUGCAUGAGGCUGGCUGAAGGUCUUGGUGAGAUUGACGCUUGGUUCGACCAUGAUUUCAAGGCCAAGUCCCUCUUCCGUUGGAAUAUACGGCAGGCCGCUCAGAUCCGUGAGACGAAGAGCCAUGUCUCCGUCACAUUUCGACCGGUGCCGGGCCGCGCUUGUGGGGAUGUGCAGAGCGAAGAUCUACCAGAAGUCACAUUCUAUCUCUUCCCCGAAGAAGAUCUGGGCGACAUACCCGAACGGCACGAACUCGGAAACCGAACAGACUCAGAGGCAUCCAAAGUCCAAAUGAUAGACUGGAUGCAAGACUGCAUCGCCAACCACCCGAAAUGCGUACGAAGCCAUAGCAUCAAGUCCUUCAUCCCAACCCGUGUUCUCGACGUCGGUCCAACAAACACCAACAACAACGACGCAGAUCCGCCCUCUCACAUCCGUGUGAUUGACACCACCAAAGAACCGAUUACUGGCCCCUACAUGACCCUAUCUCACUGCUGGGGCAUCGGCUCCUUCAUCCGCCUCACAGAGGCCAACGUCGACGAUUACACGACCAACGGCAUCCCCUGGACAGAACUUCAGGCCAGCAAUGCGAACUUCGCCGACGCGGUGCGCGUUGUUCGUACGCUUGGAAUGAGGUAUAUCUGGAUUGACUCGCUGUGUAUCAUUCAGGGUCAGCAGCACGGAGAGGACUGGAACCACGAGGCACCACUCAUGCAUAAGGUCUACCGGAACUCGUGGUGCAACCUCGCCGCGGCGGACUCAAAGGACCACACUCGCGGCCUCUUCAGGGAGAGGGUGGCGGAGGUGGUUCCUGCGAGGUAUGAGAGCCAGCAACCAUCCGUGACCUUUGGAGAUAGAGUUUGGAGGGUUUUACCGGCUGAUUUAUGGAAUCGCGAUCUGUUGGGAAGUCAUCUCUACACUCGCGGCUGGGUAUUUCAAGAACGCAUGCUCUCCCCCCGCCUGCUCCAAUUCACUUCAACCCAGCUUUUCUGGGACUGCGCAACUCUCACCGCAACCGAAUCACUCCCCGAUGGCUUGCCCCCACCCCUCGACACCAAAUCCGCUACCGACAGACAUUGGCGCGAACGCCUGCAAUCCUCCGCCCUCUCCGUCCGGCCCCUCGCCGGCACAGCCGAGGACUCGCUCGAAGAGUUUUGGAAGAGCGCCGUGGCGGCCUACACGAGCUGCAACCUCACCUACGGCAAGGAUAAACUCGCUGCACUGUGGGGCAUCGCAAAGCUCCUGCGGGAUGCGCUGGGCGAAGAGUACGCUGCGGGGUUGUGGGGGAUUAAUCUCGCUGAGCAGCUCGCGUGGCGGGUCGUUGAUUGUUCUACCGCAGAGAGGUAUGGUGAGAAGGAGAAGGUUGUGGUUCCUGGGGGCCAGGCGGUUGGGAAUCCGAGUUGGUCGUGGACUUCGUUGAAGGGGGAGGUGGAGGUUGCGGGUAGGGUGCCGAGGUUACCGAGAUUCUAUACUGCGUGCGACCACGGAGGUGGGAAUGCGAGGUUUCAGAUCAAGAAGCCGCUUUUUGGGAGGUUUGAGGGGGAGCACUCGACGGUGUGGAGGGAUGAGGUUGUCAAUAUGACGAGGAAGCUGAAUCGGGCUUCGGAGAGGGUGUCGGAGAAGGCUAGGGUUAGUGGUGUUACUACGAUUACUCCCAUUGUUGAGGAUAUAUCGGAAGAAGAGGUUGGGAAGGACGGGAUGCCGAAGGUGGCGGCGCAAGGCGCAGUUACGCAGCCGGAAGCGAAGAGGGAGUUUGCAAUGGAUAAGCCCUCGGAGCUUCUAUCUACCUCGCUCCGCAUCCAGGCGCAUAUAUGCCUGGGGACGCUCGAAGCAUCUGGGGAUGGUCACUGGUCGUUCACUUUUCCAGGGCUGAAUCAGAGUGAUGCACUCAUCGAAGCCUAUCCCGACAUUCUGCCUUCAGGGAGCAACGUGCCGUGCGAGAUGGUCUUGCUCGCGGCGUCAAAGUUGCUGCAGAAUAAAUGGGGUCGAUGGUUCCUGGAUGAUGGGUAUGUCGAAGACGAGGACGUCGCUGAAGUGAAUUACUCCGGGACGGGGAUUCUUGUGGAGAGGGUUGGGGAAGGACGGUAUAAGCGGAUCGGCGCUGUUGUGUUUCGGCAGGUGAAGAGGGAGAGUUGGGCUUGUUUGCGGCAGGCUUGUGGGAGUGGUGGGAUGAUGUUGGAAGAUGAGCUCCAGGUUGAGGAUGGAGAGAAGAUUUGGCUUGAAUAG